AUGUACAGAAGAGAGAGUAUCAGACCGGAACUAAACCCCAAAUACCAGCCACUCUGUCGGCCAGAGGUGAAAGUCACACAACACCUGUUCGGCGAAGAUCUCGGCAAACUAGUAAAAGACAUGACUGAACAACAGAAAGCGGUGGCGGUGACAAAAAUGGGCACUAUGAAGUUCAAAGAGCUACGUUAUGCUCCGUACCCAGGAAGCCAAGCCAAACCAACCUAUGCUGGAGCAGGGGGGCAUGUUAUCAUUUCCUACAUUGACGACACUCUGAUAAUAGGAGACUCUAAAGAACGUGUAGUCCAGGCGGUCUGUGACACAAAAGAGAUACUCUCAAGGUUAGGGUUUGUCAUUCACCCUGAAAAAUCCAGAUUUGAGCCAAGCCAACAACUUACUUUCUUGGGCUUUGAUAUAAAGUCGGACACAAUGACUGUCAGACCAACAGAGAGAAAAGUCACUGAAAUUAGGGAGUUUGCUUUGAAACUGCUCAGAAAGAGUAUAGUGACAAUCAGACAACUGGCCUGUUUCAUUGGGAAAGUUGUAGCUACCCUUCCUGCCUGUGAGCAUGGGAAAAUGCACUACAGAGCACUUGAGAGAGAUAAAAUCUGCAAUCUGAGGACACAUAGGGGCAAUUAUGAUGCUAGUGUUACACUAACAGUUGCUGCAAAAGAAAAUUUGGUCUGGUGGAAAGAGAACAUACAGUCUGCAAUCAGACACCUGAACAGGAGGAAACCAGACAUUGAGUUGAGUAGUGAUGCUAGUGGUUCAGGCUGGGGAGGAACAGAUAAUAAGGCCCAAUGUGGUGGUCGAUGGAAGCAAUCAGAAUCCCUUGCCAACGGGAACAAUAUCAACUAUCUCGAGUUACUUGCAGCUUUCUUUACGCUGAAAGCCUUUUGUAAGGACAAGAGAGGCAUACAUGUUCUCAUGAGAAUAGAUAAUACCACAGCUGUUAGCUACAUCAAUGAAAUGGGCGGAAUAAAGUCUAAAGAAUGUGAUGAACUAGCUCAGAUAUUAUGGAAUUGGUGUAUAGAGCAUGAUAUAUGGGUCACAGCAGCUCACCUUCCCGGUGUAGAGAAUGUAAUUGCUGAUAGGAGGUCUAGGCAUUUCAGAGAUGAAACAGAAUGGAUGUUAAAUCCUAAGUUAUUUAGAGAACUAUGUAACUCUAUGGGUACACCAAACAUUGACCUCUUUGCUUCUAGGCUGAAUAACCAGUUACCAAUUUAUGUGUCAUGGCAACCGGACCCUGGGGCUCUUGCUAUAAAUGCAUUCACAUUAGAUUGGGGUGAAUUCGAGUUUUAUGCCUUUCCUCCAUUCUGUAUCAUAAAUAGAUGUCUUCAGAAAGUUGUGGAGGACAAGGCAGAGGGGAUAAUGAUUGUUCCGAAAUGGGCCACACAAUCAUGGUUUCCCCGGUUGUUACAAUUACUAAUUGAAGUACCUAUUGUUCUACCACAAAAUGAACAGACAUUAAUCCAACCAGAAACGGGAAGAAUUCACCCAUUAUGCAAAAAACUGUUUUUGCUUGCUUGCAGAUUAUCAUGGAAUCCCUCCAGGCAAAAGGAAUUCCGGAAUCGGCUCGACCUAUCAUUCUGGCCUCAUGGCGGACAUCAACCAGGAAGCAGUACAUCUCUUUCAUCAGGAGAUGGAUUCACUUUUGUCAUGGACGGUCGACAAAUCCACUGCAAACACAUGUUGGGCAGGUUUUAGAUUUUCUGACAAGCCUUGUAGAAAAAGGAUUAGGAUAUAGUGCCAUUAAUACGGCAAAAUGUGCUGUAGGGAACUACGCUGUCUUAGAAGGAGGACAUUCUUUAAAGGAAAGUCAGAUGGUGACUAGAUUCAUGAAAGGAGUCUUCAAUUUGAAACCACCGAGGCCUCGGUAUUCUGACAUUUGGGAUGUCAGUCAAGUGUUGAACUAUGUUCGAUCCCUACCAGUAAACUCCAGUAUUUCACUACGACAAUUGACUUUGAAACUUUGCAUUCUCAUACUUCUUGUGUCAGCACAGCGGGUACAGACACUCCAUCUAUUGAACAUAGAUAACCUGAAUUUUCAUGCAGAUAGCGCAGUGUUUGCAGUUACAGACAUGUUGAAGCAGACUCGGCCAGGACACUGUGGCACAAAGAUUUGCUUGAAGGAGUACCCACAUGAUGAGCGUUUGUGUGUGGUACACACUCUUCGUCUUUAUUUGGACAAGACACAAGCACUACGUGGGGAAAAGAAACGUCUGUUCGUAAGCUACAAGAAACCACAUUCCGCAGUAUCCAAGGACACUAUAGCUCGUUGGGCAAAGGAGGCUUUGUCAAAUUCAGGGAUAGACAUUGCUAAAUACAAACCUCAUUCUACAAGGGCAGCCUCAACGUCUGCUGCUGAAGCGAGAGAUGUGCCCAUUAAUGACAUUAUGUUGACGGCAGGCUGGUCGUCUGAGAACACCUUUCGUACAUACUACAAUAAGCCUUUGAGAGACACUCAUGUGGAUGUUUUCCAAAGGGCAGUGUUGGAAGCUUGACUGUUAUUUAUGUAUACAUUACAAUGCACGUUUUGAAUGCAACUCAAGUUAUGCCUUGCAUACAAGUGGUUAUGCAACUUUGAAAAUAUGUUAUGUUUGGGUAUUUUGAUAAAUCCCUAUGUUUUUAGUUUGUUGAAGCACAUGUAUUGAACAAAGUAUUAAAAGCUGAUACAUGUACUUUUCUUUUUCAUGUGUAAUUAUAGUGAGUCCAGAGUGGCUUUCAAUAUCUCAUAUAAUCCCGUAACUUGGAGUUACGAGAUAAAAUGUAUAGAUUAAACGAGAACUUACCUAAGUUUGAAGUUUGAUCUUCAUUUUAUGAAGUAACGGAGAGUCUAGGGAUUAUGUGCCCGGCCCUCCCUCCCAAUGUGUUUUUUAAAGGUUUAGCCUAAAUGUAAUGCAUGUAAUACAUUACGGAAAGGUACAAUGUUUUUUCCGUUUAAUCUCUCCAUUUACUCUGGCAUCACUAUUUCCUUUCAAAACUGAUGUGCGCAUGCGCAGCUCGUAUCUCACAUAAUCCCUAGACUCUCCGUUACUUCAUAAAAUGAAGAUCAAACUUCAAACUUAGGUAAGUUCUCGUUUAAUCUAUA